CUCCACUCUGGAAAAGAUAAGAACUGAAGAGUAAAUAAAUACCCAAGAGAAACACAUCACUACAAGAAAAGAGGCAGAAGUGCAGGAACUUCUGCAGAUGACUGUCUAUCCCAUUCAUGAAGAUUUCCAAGCAAUAAAGCAACUCAGCCAAGAAGAGCUCAGUGCAUCCUGUCCUUUUGCACAAGACAUGCUUGUGGGAAAACUUGUCUUCAACCAGUCUGACCGCACUGAGUUUGUGUUCCGUGUGUUCACUACAGCCACUGAAUUCCAGGUUCUUCUCUUCCUUCUCUUCCUCCUCCUCUACUUGAUGAUCCUCUGUGGCAACACAGCCAUCAUCUGGGUGGUGUACACACGCAGCACCCUCCGCACCCCGAUGUACUUCUUCCUGUCCAACCUAUCUUUCCUGGAAAUCUGCUAUACCACCGUGGUAGUACCCUUGAUGCUUUCCAACAUUUUUGGGGCCCAGAAGACCAUUUCGUUGGCUGGAUGUGGGGCCCAAAUGUUCUUCUUUGUCACCCUCGGCAGCACGGACUGUUUUCUCUUGGCGAUCAUGGCCUAUGACCGCUAUGUGGCCAUCUGCCACCCGCUGCACUACACCCUCAUCAUGACCCGCAAGCUGUGCGCGCAGAUGCUGGUCGGGGCCCUAGGCCUGGCCCUCUUCCUCUCCCUGCAGCUCACCGCCUUAAUCUUCACCCUGCCCUUCUGCGGCCACCGCCAGGAAAUCAACCACUUCCUCUGCGAUGUGCCUCCCGUCCUGCGCCUGGCCUGCGCUGACAUCCACGUGCACCAGGCUGUCCUCUAUGUAGUGGGCAUCCUCGUGCUGACCAUCCCCUUCCUGCUCAUCUGCGUCUCCUACGUGUUUAUCACCUGCGCCAUCCUGCGCAUCCGUUCUGCGGAGGGCCGCCGCCGGGCCUUCUCCACCUGCUCCUCCCACCUCACUGUGGUCCUGCUGCAGUAUGGCUGCUGCAGCCUCGUGUACCUGCGUCCUCGGUCCAGCACCUCAGAGGAUGAGGACCGCCAAAUCGCGUUGGUCUACACCUUUGUCACCCCCUUACUCAACCCUUUGAUUUACACCCUUAGGAACAAGGAUGUCAAAGAUGCUCUGAGGAAUGCCAUUAUCCGUAAAGCAGCCUCUGAGACCAACUGAAGGUUUAGGGGCACUGGGCUGGGUGUCUGUCUGUUGCUAUAUCGAUGAACUCUAAAUGACACAGAAUUGUAGUACUUUCCCACACUUUGCACUUGAUGUUUCUUUUUUGCCAUAUUUGCCCCAAGUUCAACAAUUCGUGCUUAUUUUUCUGAGUGCUUUGACUAAGAUAUGAAAAUUUGGGCAGAACUUACAGUGUAGGAAUGUUAGUUUACUUAGCUCUACUUUAAGGAUUUGCAGCUCACCCAUGUCAAGUGCCGUAUUAGGAACACCCCAUACGUACUAUGAAUAAAGGCUGAUAGACUUGCUGCCUCCUGAGGAGAUGAUGUAAUUUACCCUGUGAAAGUUGCCUUAAGUAAGGAAUAUUCAUAAAGACAUAUUUUGCUCAAAUAAACACAACUUAUUAUUGUUUUGGGUAUCAGUAUAUGACAAACAACAGCUUACUUAAUGCAUUAAUUUCCUUUGCGCCAUACAUCCCAACUGGGUGCUUUCAUUUUCUUCAUGCCAGAAAGGGGCUAGGAAUUUUCUUCCAUUGAUAAUCACCUACUAUGUACCAGCCUUGCUAGGGUAUGGAGAAUUACAUCUGGUCUAUGGCAGCCCUGCCCGCAUGAGCCCUCUGUACUGGUGGCUCUCACACUAGUCUUUGCUGUUCCACCUUCCUCACCACCUCCUACAUCUUCAUGAGGGCUGCUGCUCACAGAUCCACUGAGCAGGUAGCACUACCAUGGCACUAUUCCUACCUCAGCAUAGUUUUGCAGCAGAAUGGCUGUUACCCAAAUAAACCCUCAAAUAAAAUCCACUUCCCUUUAUGGUAUUCACAGUGGACACCACACUGCUCAACCUUCUCAUUCACACCCUGAGGAAGAGCCAGGUCCAGAGGACUCCACGGAUAGUUCUUAUAAGCAAUUACCUCUCCUAUAACAGCUAGGGGAGGGUGCAAUCUAUCAAGUGAGAGUCUAGAUCCAGAUCAUAAGCUGAUUUUAAUUAGCAGCUACAGGAAGAGAGUGAAAAUAUCUGCCAGUGGAUAUUAAACUGACCUAAGAAAUUGUUAUAACCUGGCGGGGCAUGGUAGCUCACGCCUGUAAUCCCAGCACUUUGGGAGGCCAA